AUGAAAGAAAGCACUCCAGCUUCUGGCAGCACAAGCAGUGGCACAGGUGAAAGUGAAGGGACAAGUACGGCCUCGGGCAUCAUGAGCUCCGGAAUGAGCGAGAGCUCUCCCGCUUCUGGAACCACUAGCAGCAGCAUGGGUGAAAGUGAAAAGACAAGUGCGGCCUCCGGUACCAUGAGCUCCGGUAAGUGCUACACACAGUCAUGUCUUCUGAGUAUUCCACCGUUCAAGACUGCUUUUCCUCAAAUCUCAAAAAUGAGCGAGAGCUCUCCCGCUUCUGGAACCACUAGCAGCAGCAUGGGUGAAAGUGAAAAGACAAGUACGGCCUCCGGUACCAUGAGCUCCGGGAUGAGUGAGGGCUCUCCCGCUUCUGGAAGCACAAGGAGCAGCAUGGGUGAAAGUGAAAAGACAGGAAUGAGUGAGUUCUCUCCCACUUCUGGAAGCACAAGCAGCAGCAUGGGCGAGAGUAAAGGGGCAAGUACGAUCUCAGGCACUAUAAGCUCAGGAAUGAGCGAGAGCACACAAGCGUUCGAGAGCACAAGCCGUAGCACAGAGGAGAGUAAAGAGAAGAGCAUGGUCUCCAGCACUAUGAGCUCAGAAAAACCAAUCUGCCCGAAUAACCACGUAAUGGAUGACAUGACAAGAAAUAACUCAAUCAUAGCCCAUAAUUAUCGCAGAUCACGGCUUGCACAAGGUUUAGUUAAGAACAAAAACGGAAAAGAUCUGCCAAAGGCAAGCAACAUGCUGAGACUGCUGUACAACUGCGACUUGGAAAACAGUGCUAUUACUUCGGCUACUAGAUGUUCCGCAAACCCCAUGUCGUCGCUACCCUCUGACAUACAGGAGAACAUCUAUUUGAUGCCGAAAAGUGAUGCUCAAGACCCUCAAGACGCAAUCAUAGUGGCUAUAAAACAUUGGUGGAGUCAAAUAAGGAUAACCGGCGGUAUCGGUCAAGGCGUCACAUAUACUACAUAUAAUCAGGGCAAACCAACCGAAUGGUUCACAAGGAUGGCAUGGGCAACUACUCAAUAUUUCGGUUGUGCUGUCAUUUCAUGUGGAGACAGUAACUGGUCUGCUGUGUGUCACUAUAAGCCCGGAGGAAAUAUAUUGAAUGAACAUCUCUAUGAGAAAGGUACUCCAUGUUCCGCUUGCCCCUCUGGCGACACCUGCGACUCGGAGUAUCUUUGUGUUCCUCCGGGUACAACAUUGUAG